UGCCAGCUGUAGAACAAAGCAGCAACAAAUUGCGUAUCUUAAUUAAAAACGAAAAUAAAUAACGGAUUUAGGAGGAUUGAAUCAGCAAAAUGUCCGAAAUAAAGGCGUUGGAGCACGCCACACUAAAAGUGCCAUACGAAAUACUUAAUAAACGCUUCAGAUCUGCCCAAAAGAUUAUCGACCGUGAGGUUGACCAAGUGAUGAAUGUUUCGCGUCAAGUGGAAAAGGCCUUGGACGCCGAGCAGCCGCCCAUAUUAUCGGAUGUGGCCAAGCUAAUGGGCAAUGUAGCACAAAAGCUUCAGGUUCUCAAGCGCAAAGCCGACGAGAGCAUCAACGAUGAGCUGAGCGUCACACAGAUUUGCAAGCGCAAGCUAGAACAUCUCAAGGGCAUUAUGCCUCGCAACGCUGACGAGGUGUGUCAGGGUUCGGUCGAUCAAUGGAAGCGUAUUCGUCUAGAUCGCUUGGUAAUUGAGCAUCUGUUGCGCAUGGGCUAUUACGAGACAGCCGAGGAACUGGCAGCACGCUCUGAUGUGCGUAAUUUGACAAAUCUGGACAUAUUUCAAACUUCGCGUGAAGUGGAGGACGAUCUGGCCAAUCACAGCACUACUAAAUGCGUGCUCUGGUGCAUUGACAACAAGUCGAAGCUGCGCAAAAUCAACUCAACCAUUGAGUUUAGCCUGCGUGUGCAGGAAUUCAUUGAGCUGGUGCGUCAGAAUCAGCGCUUCGAAGCUGUCAAGCAUUCGCGACGCUACUUCCCAGCUUAUGAGAAGACCCAAUUGAAUGAGAUUUGUCACGUGAUGGCCCUGUUGGCCUAUCCAGCCGACACCGAAAUGGAGCACUGCAAGAAGUACUUGGAUCCCAAGCGCUGGGAACAGCUAGUGUUAGACUUUCGUCACGAAAACUAUCGCUUGUUCCAGCUUUCAAGCACAUCCGUCUUUUCGGCAGCCGUUCAGGCUGGUCUAUCAGCGUUGAAGACGCCACAAUGCUACUCUCAGACCUGCCGCAAUCUCAAUUGUCCUGUCUGCCAGGAGGAUCUCAAUCGGAUUGCCCUCAAGUUGCCAUACUCACACUGCGUGCAGAGUCGCCUCAUCUGUCGCGUUACCGGUCUGCCGCUGAACGAGCACAAUCAGCCAAUGAUGUUGCCAAAUGGACAAAUUUAUGGACGGCUAGCUUUGCCGAAGAUAACCAAAGAGGAUGGCACCAUGACAUGCCCCGUAACCAAUGUUAAGUUUACAAAGCCUAAAAUCGACAAGGUAUUUAUCAUGUAAACCGAAUAGUCUGAACGGCCAGACUUUGUUUAAAAUUAACCCUCUAUACUAUCAUUAUCAUUAAGCCAGAAACGACUAUAUAUAUAUAUAUUUUGUAUAACUAUAUUUCUAUUAUGUAUGUAUAUUUAAGUGGCGCUUAGGUUUUUCAACAACUGCGCGUUUGAAUUUCGAUUACGAUUAGUUAGUUCUCGUCCACAUUUGAUUGUCGACGCUGCGCCGUCGCAAUUCUAUUGAUUUUUUCGACUGCGCAGUCAGUAGAAGCAGAAGCAGCAGCAGCAGUAUGUCGAUGUUGAUUCAUGCUGUGUGCAACGCGGACGACGUUAUUUAAUUCCUUCCUAAGUGAAAACUAUGCAAAUAUAUCAGAAUAAAUAAAGAGAAACAAAAUCACAUAAA